CUCACUGCAUUGUUAAGUAAUUUUGAAGAAAAUAUUUUAAUGAAAAUGGAUGAACAUGUUGAACAUGAUGAAAAUGUAUAUGAUAUACCGAUGGAAUACGAGAAUACAUCAAUCCACGAAUAUAGUACCUUUACUAAAUUGUGGAAUAAUAAACAUGCUGAAAUUUGUAAAUCAAGCAGGAUAAGAGACAGAAUCAUGAUUGCUGUGAUAGUAAUGCAGAUAGUUUGUUUGGCAGUGGCAAUUACAUCAAUUAUUAUGCAUUUCAAUGGUAGAUCUGAAAUAAAUGAUGCACCAACAAUUGAAAAGGACUACAUGAGCGAAAUAGGUGAAAAAUAUCUAGUUGGAACUAAUGGACAAAUUUGUAUAAAAGGCCCGAGAGUCCAAAAAUGUCUAAAUGGAGACAAAGGAUCAAAAGGAGAUAAAGGUCAACUAGGGGACAAAGGUGAAGUUGGCAUAAAGGGACCAAUGGGAGAAAAAGGUCCUCUCGGAGAUAAAGGUGAAGUUGGCAUACAAGGACCGAUGGGAGAUAAAGGUCCACUCGGAGACAAAGAGAAGGCGAAUACCUGUGGUUCCAGAUGGGCACAAUUUAUGGGAAGCUGGUAUUACUUUCAAUUUAUGCCAAAAAAGUCAUGGCAUUCGGCACAAACUGAUUGUCACAGAAAGGGAGGAUUUCUUGUAAAAAUUGACAAUUCUAUGGAAAAUGUAUUCUUGAAAAAUUUAACAACCGUCGAUAAAAACCCAAGUCACAUUUGGAUUGGAGCCUCUGAUUCUGAAAAGGAAUCUGUUUUUAAAUGGGAAUCAGAUAAUACAGUUCUUAACUAUACUGACUGGAACCAACAGGAACCUAAUAAUGGUCAGGAAAUUAAUGAAGAAGAUUGUGUGGACAUGGAAUGUAAUGCUGCGUAUAAAUGGAACGACAAUAUUUGUUCAAGACAAUUUUCAUAUAUUUUUGAGAUACACUAAAACA